CAAAAUCUCAACAAAAGCAACAGACAAAAGAGCAAAGAUUCCGUGGUCGGUGGGUGACACUAAAAACAGAAUUUAUAUGCAAGAAAGAGUUGUCAGUCCUUAAGUCAAACCGAAAUGGAAGGUGAAGACGACCAGCCUUUGUUGGCUGCAUUUGGCAACCCGUUGUGGGACAUCUGCAUCCACCUCGCAGACGACAAAGUCCUUUCCGAGUUUGGCCUAGCAGACGACAGCAGCCAAGAGGUUACAGCGGCAGAGUACGAAUCGCUCCUGAAAGCAGUGGGCAGGUAUGCUUGCGUAAGUUACCCAAGCCAAGCUUGUCCUGGCGGUUCAGCUCUCAACAGUUUACGAGUGUUCCAAUGGCUCCACGGUCGGCAGAAUGGGACUGUCUUCUUUGGUAGUGUUGGAAAAGAUGAGACUAGUAAGAAGCUUUUGGAGCAGGUUUCUCGAGAUGGCGUUGAUGGAAGGUUCAAAGUCCAACCCAGCUUGACAGGCUCUGCAAUUUGUCUGAUACAUGGUCAUCUACGCACACUUGUCGCACAUCUUGGUGCAGCUAAUGUGUAUUGUAAAGACGACUUGACUAACGAAGAUAAAAGAGUUAUAGAAAGAGUGAAGCUUGUGUACAUAGAAAAUUUUUUCUUCACUCACAGUCAAGAUGUUAUUUGGGAUGUUGUUAAGCUAUGUAAAACUCAUGGAGUAGGAAUUGUUGUCAAUUUGAGUGGUGCCUACCUAUUUACAGAUCAUGCGACUGUCAUUGAGGCACUUGUAAAAUGUGCUAACAUUGUAAUAGGAAAUGAAACUGAAUUUAUGGCUCUUUCCAAAUUAUAUGAAUGCAAAAAUAUGGAAUUACCUGUUAUAGCAGGUAUAAUUUCUAAAGAGGGUGUACAAAAUCCACCAUGUAUGCAAGUCGGAGAGGGUAAAUCUGUGUCUCUAGAGAAUCUGAGAUCAUUAGAAAAAGUUGUAGUGGUUACUCGAGGUCCCAAACCCGUGCUAUGUGCUUAUCAAAGUGAAUUGCGAUUAAGUAUGCCUAUUUUAAAGCCAAGGAAUAUAAAAGAUACCACAGGAGCGGGAGAUGCAUUUGUGGCAGGAUUCCUCAAGGGCUUGGUUGAGUGCUUAGAUAUUCGUGAUUGCAUUGCAUUAGGCUGUUAUGCCUCUACUGAGAUAAUUCAACAAGUAGGAUGCAGACCUCCACAUCAUAACCCAAUGAAAGUUGAGGAUAUCAAAGCAAUGUAUUCUCAAGAAAUGAAAAAAUAAGAGUUAAUAAGAGUUAGAAAUAAAUGAACCUCAAUUUUCUUUCAUAAGAUCUCUUUGUUUUAUUGAAAAAAUGUAUUUACCACAUUGUCUAAAUAAGAGUUUUAUAUUUCUUGCUUUAAAA